CCAUCAGACGUCGAGUGUCUCGCGGUAGUCGCGGUGAACGCGGGAAUCGGCGAAUGCAUCGCGAAAAGAUAAUUGGAUAUUGGGUGUGACGUGAUCCGCGUGCGCGUGUCAUAGCCAACGUUCGCCAGGGCUGUGCGAAAAACUUUUGAGAUUCUGCUGAUAAAAAUGGGGAAGGAUGCACAACCGAUUAUCCACUUAUGUGAACUUUAUGUGGAUUUAAAAAUUUAACCUAACCUAAAUUAUUUUAUGAUGAAUCGGUGUAAAGGGAGACAUAACAAAUGUAUAGUCUACACCAGAGAGGAACCUGAGAGGUGCCACGCCGGCCUUUUUCUUAUAACGCUAAACUUUUCUUAUAACACUAAACUCGAAGCGAUAUCAAUCGAUUUAAACUAACGGUAUAAACUACUGUAAAUUAGGUAAAAAUCGCUGAAACGCCACGUUUGAAUCGCGCACGCGUGCGCGCGUGCGAUCGUGAUCGGUGGCGGUGUGGUGGCGCUCGGCUCGGCUUCCGGUCUCGGGUUUUGAGGUUUUGAGUACAAGUGCAGAGUGCAGACUGGCUUUGACGUUCGUCGCGGUUCCGCUCGCGUGGAAAGUCGUCACGGAAAGCGGGGAGAGAAAGGAUUUGUGACGUACUCCGAGGUCCGAGCUCCGACUGCUCCGAGUCGUGUCUGCCUCUCUCUCUUGCGCGCGCUCUUUCUCUCUCUCUCUCUCUUUCUCCCUCUUUUUCUUUGUCUCACUCUCGCGUACGUCGAAAUGUCCAAGUACUCGUGAGAUCGUGUUCGCGUGCGGCCAUCGACGUCGACGACCGACGACGAGGACGAGGACGACAACGACGACGACGACGACGACGACGACGACAACGUUCGUUCCGCUGUAAGAAAGAACCGUGAAAGUGGCUGGGUGGCGACGGCAGCGGCCAAUAAUGCGCAUACCGAACGCGUGGAGACGACAACGCGAGCGACGAUAGCUUCAGAUCUCAAAGAUUGCUGUAAAUCAGACUGUAUCGUCCGACAGGCAGCAUGAGUAAUCCUUAUCGAGCUAGACCCACCAGAUCUCGCGUGGAUCACUCGGCUGCAUAUGGAAUAGGCAAUCAGAAUAUGUGGAUGCCUAUGUCAAGGCCUCAAUCGGAUGUUCCCCCGAGUGAUACCACCCAGCAGUCUCUCGUAAACCAAUCGAAACACACUGGCAAUACAUGGAAGGAUCCCUGGGACUGGAAUCUGGAUACCCAACAAUCGGACACUCAGCAACAGCAGCAGCAGCAACAACAUCAACAACAACCACCACAAUCACCACCACCACCACCACCACCACCUUCAUCCCAGCAGCAACAGCACUAUGUAUCCCCGUAUCAGAAUCAAGGGCAGCUGAUAUCUGAUCCUGCGCAAAACCAUUAUUACAAAAAUGUUAAUGGUAACAUGUCCGAUUUACUUAACCAGAAUUCCGUGUCAGGCAAAAAUACUCCUAGAUCAGAGCCCACCCGUCAACCUGGAUCGAAUUACAUGGAUUCUCUGCCACCCUAUAAUUUAAACUAUAAUCAAAAUCAACAGUAUCCGUUACCACCUCGACAGAACAAUGCAAAAUCCGAUUAUGAGCAUGCUCAAUGGUCAAACGAGCAUCAGUCGCAAAACGCGGCUUACACCCAGCAGAGACUUGUGUCACAGCAAAAGGAUCAGCCACCAAUGCAUCCGCCGCCGACGCAACCAUCUCCAAUGGCGUCACAUAAUAGUUACAAUUGGAGUAAAGACGACGCGACGAAUUUGCCGUUGCAGCGUAAUUGGCAGAAUCACACCGAUAUGCUGGGCCAAUGGCAGGAUCAAAAUAUUCCACAAGAGAUGCAGCAGCCAACUGUUGACAAUAUGGGCAAUCAGUGUGUGCAACCAUCGCAAAUGUAUAACGCGUCUAUCGAAGGAGGUAGCAAGGAACAUUCUAUAAAUUGGUCCACGAGUGGGCAGCAAGGUAAUGAAACAGUUAAUAAGUCUAAUGCUGUGUCAAAUCAGUGGCAUAAUCAAAAUCGCGAAUUCCAACAAUCCUCACAUUUAGUACAAACAAAUAAUGACACAUUUGCUUCCUGGUCGCAGUCAGGCAAUGUCGGUGCUUCGCACGAUUGGAGACAAUCCAACGUGCAAAGCAAAUCUAUACAUUCUACGCAAUGGUCACAACCAACGGGUGCGGAUAACACUUCGUUCGCAGAGAACGUGUCGCAAAAUAAUAAUGACGCUAAGUUUGCCGCAAACGAAUGGCAACAGAUGCACAUGGCGCCUUUUCACUAUGUUCCCACAUCUACAACUGUACCUACAACCAUAGAAAAUAUUGUUCAUACGUCCAAUAAUAAUGAACAACGAGAGAGUGAGAAGCAAGUGACAAAUACUAUGUCGCCUCACGAUUCAAUUAAUCAUACGAACUCAAUUAAUGUUGAGUCAUCGAUUGGAGAUCAUCAUAAUCCGAACGUACUGACUGACGACAGCACAAAAGGUGAUUCUUCUAAAACCGAUAUCGGCGAAAAGGAUGAUCAGACUUUUGUUACUACAGCGGCAGAAGAAUUAACUAGCAAUUUUGGUCAACUUAAUCUUGGGAGCAAGUCGGGAAAGCACAUGGAUUCUUUAGGUGAAUCGUUAGAUGUGUAUUCGAACUCCGUCAUUUCAGAAGGGAGGGCUCAACUCCCCGCUAACUUCGCGAAUACCCGAGGUAAUCCUGUCCCCGACAAUAUACCCAUGCUUCCUUCGGAUUAUGCGUCAAUCGGUACAGAAAACUCUCAUUCUGUCGAUAGCCAGCCAAUUCUCGGUCAAGAUCAUUCGAUAUCAAAUGCAUAUCAAAGUGGUGCUACCAAGAUAACGGAUACUAACUCGCAAAGUGGAUACGAUCAAUGGUACAAUCAAAACACAUUGGAUAAUGCAUGGUAUGCAAAGGAUCACUCGCAUCCAUCUCCCAAGCAAUGGAACACCCCUGAGCAGAACGUAGAAAACUACGAGAACAUCCAACAAACAUCCGACUUUAUAAAUGUCGAGGUCGUUGCACCUGCGACGUUGAAAGAGCGGGAUAUUUAUGGUUCGCGGGAUUCUAUAAACAAGGAAACAUUAGAUAAUGAUCCCAAGCCGAGCGUGAAUCUCAAAGAAGCGACGAAUAUCCGAGAUUUCAGGGAAGAGGUGAACAAUGUCGAAGUGCCAUCGAUACAGCAACAGCAGGCGCGGCUUCAUCCACCUCUGACGGAACAGAUGCCAGAUAACUAUGAAUUUGCUUCGAAUGAUAGAAACACAUUUUUGGAGACUGGCGAGUUAACGGACUCACAUCAAGAACAUGAACCAACGCCACCGAGUCAGGACGACGAGAACGAUGAAGUGCCUAACGAUAUUCCUUUUCUGCGCGAAGUACCCGGGCAAUCGAGCACCAUAGAUCCACGCAGGAACGAUCCUACGGGUCAGGAACAUCACGUACAGAUUGGGCAACGUCUGUCUGAUCCCAGAAGAAAUGAUCCCUCUGGUCAGGAACAAACUGUGCAAGUUAGGAAUAUAUCUGACAGAGUGGAGCGUCGCGAUGUUCUUCCAGGGCAAGAGAGAAAUGUUCCUCUGCUAUUACGGGGUGACUCGGACACGCUAGAACGACGGAAUGAUCCUUCGGGUAGAGAACGUUCUCUUCCACCGCAACAGUCGCGGAAUGAUCCGUCAGGUGAAGAAAGAUACCAGCUGCAGUCGCAAAUAAUGUUGGAACCGAGCGAGACCCGUGAAGUGCUCGGUAGAGGUAACGAGCCUGAUGAAGUUACGCAGCAAACGGACGCGGAGCUUAGGCAGAUACCAGGCGGAGCAUCCUCCAACGACGUUACGCAAUUGUCGGAUGACAGAACAACAGGGGGUAGAGUUGUUACCGGCUCUCCUCCGGAGAUUCCCCCAUCGAUGUCCGCGAUGCAGGAUCAAGCGAAUGAAUCGCGAAACAAGCGCGAGGAAGCGGUAGGUGCGUCUUUGGAAAGCGAAAGUCAAGGUAUUUCUGGCUUGUCAAAUCGCCGGGAUUCCUACGAGGAUGAAGAGGAUGAAGGAUCCCGUAACAGCCGGGACGAGAGUAGGGAGAGGCGACGGGAAACCAGUCCCGAUCGCCGACGAUACGAGUACGAUCGAAAAAACGCAUAUUACGAAUACGAGGACGAUUACUAUUACGAGCGCCGACGCGCGGGCGAUAAUGAUCGUCAGUAUAAUACCCGUGACGAUUUCGAGCGACGGGAUGUUCCGUAUCGGGAUGAAGAUCGUAAGCAUCACAGUCGCGACGAUCUAGAUCGACAUAGUAGAGAUGAUAUGGAACGAAGAGUCAGGGGAAAAGAGGAUAUAGAUGAAAGAGAUGGUAGAAGGAGACCGGAUGAUCGUAGAAGAGGCGAUGAUUUGCGUCGUCGAGAUAGAGAUCCGAGAGACUACGAUGCACGAUAUUCUAGGGAUCCUAGAGAGCCUAGGGACAGAGAAUACAUGGAUCGUGACAGAAGAAGGGACGACAGACGACCUCGAAGAUACGACGAUUACGAUGUUAGAGAUCCAUACAGAAGGGAUUACUAUGACGAUCCUUAUGGAAGAAGUUCUAGGCCUUCCAGUAGAUCUUCUUAUAACGAUAGAGAUCGUGAAUAUUACAUGCGUGCGAGAGAUCCUUAUUAUGCAUAUAAUGGCUACAGUGGUUAUGAUUAUGGUGCUCAUUAUGGCAACAAUUAUUAUGCAUAUCUUGAAAACUUACGUCGGACGAAUCCUGCCGCCUAUUCCGAGUGGUACCACAAAUAUUAUGCUAACCAGCAUCAGCAACAACAUAUUGCUAGAGGAGUCAGCAAUUAUCCAGAGGAUAGAGCCAGCGUUCAUUCUGGUCGUAGUUCCUGCGACGACAGGAUCACUGGUGAUAAGCGAACAUUGGGUGACAUGUCACUAUUGGAAGAUUCGAUAAUUACAUCUGCUCGAUUGACACCAACUAAAUAUUCUACAUCUCAUGCAUAUGGAUGUUUUUCCAUUGGAUCUUUGGUACAUGUUCAUCCAAGCUAUCCAGCUGAUGGCGAGAGAGCUAAAGUAGAUAUUUUUCGUGUAGAUAACUUACUUUUGCAUGAUCCUAUCGCACGUGAUUUGCGAUUAUACCCAGGACCUCUAAUUAAUGGUGUAACGCACAAGAAGACUAUCAUAGAAUAUUGUGAAAAUAAAAUUAAAAAAGCAGUGACAAAUGAAGAAAUAGUUGAUCGCUCUUCAUACAUCUUGCUGUACGAAUUGAUGAUUAUGUUAAUUCAACAAAAUGGAAACGUUGUGGGUGUCGAUAUUGCCGGGCUCUUGCUGCGUAAUAAGGAUGCUUAUCCUUACGACGUGAAUAAAUUGAGAUCUCAAGAUGUGGGACGUAGAGAAUCGCAAAUAUCACAGCGAUCUGUAGCAACAGGCAGUGAUGGGAGUACUCAGGAUAUUUCAGCAUUAUCUGAAAAAACUGAAACCAAGCAGCGUAAAACUGUAGAGCAAAUAACAGACGAAUUCAGAGAUACAUUACUCUAUGGACGAGUUCAAGAAGCAUUAGAGUAUGCGAUGAACGAAGGACUUUGGGGCCAUGCUCUUUUCCUUGCUAGUAAACUGGAUAAACGCACACAUGCUUCUGUAAUGACUCGUUUUGCAAACAGUCUGCCACCACACGAUCCACUGCAGACAUUAUAUCAACUGCAUUCUGGUCGUGUGCCUGCUAUAGUUACGUGCGUUGCGGAUCCACGCUGGGACGAUUGGCGGCCUCACCUAGCUAUGAUUAUUUCUAAUACCUCAGCCAAUCCAGAAGUUAAUCGCCGAUCAAUAACGACUCUCGGGGAUACAUUAUUCGCGAGAGGUGAUAUCCACGCCGCACAUUUUUGUUACAUACUUGCGCAAAUUGAUUUUGGGGCUUAUGGGUCUAAUGGAGUUAAACUUGUAUUAAUCGGCUCUAAUCACAACAAGUCAUAUCCUGAAUUCUUCACUAUGGAAGCUGUCAUGCUAACGGAGAUUUACGAAUAUGCUCGAAACCUUAGCGAUCCGUGUUUCACAUUAGUAGACCUUCAAACAUUCAAAUUUGAUUUAACCGUGAAGAUGGUGGAUUGUGGUUUAAUAGAAAAGGCUCUAUUAUAUAUCGAACAAAUUGCCACGAAUAUCGCAAAUGACCCGUCGAAAUACAAGAAAUCUUUCAUCAAAGCAGUUUAUGUAUUGGGUGACCGAAUCAAGUAUCACGAUCCAGUCUAUAAGGAUGCUAUCGAGGAUGCUGCAAAUGUAACGUGGCUUAAUAAAUUGGCGGAGAUAGUUGGAAAAAAUCAGGAACAGACCGUUGAAGAUGAAACGUUCGGUUCCCGAACUCUGAUAGAAAAUCAGGAAAUUCAUGAAAUAAAACAUCAGCAACAAUCGCAACAGCAAUGGAACACUAUCCAACCCGAUUAUAGUGACGGGCCUACAUCGAUGAUGGAAGUUAAUACGAGCGAAAUACAAUCAGAUUGGCAACCAUUAUCUUUGCCCACGAAUAUUCAGGAUACAUACGAUCCGAACGCGCAAUAUAUGAGAAACGUGGACGAAUCCAUUCAGUAUCAGCAGCCGCAGCAACAGGAUUAUUGGAACCAGCAGUCGUAUUAUCAGAAUAAUUAUGGAAGAAACGAAACUAUGCCGCCUAAUUGGCAGCAACAGCCCGCAUCAGGUUUAACUACCGAUCAGACUGAAGCAAACAACUCGCAACAGCAAGACAAAUGGAACUACGAGACGGAAAGGGAAGACAAAACGCCUACCCCUGAACCUCCGCAACCAACAAUCUCUAUGACACCGUCGACGGGUAAGCAGUAUGAUCCAUUGGAAGAAUUAGACGCGCUUGAGACCCCACGAUCGACUGCUAAAUCUACCGCGGACACGAAGAAAACGAUUGAGAAAACAGCUGAGAAGAAACCCGCGAACAGUAGUGGCUCCUGGUUUGGUGGUUUGUUCAGUAAACUCGCUCCCAAGCCGAAAAAUCAAAUGAUAUUGCCAGACGAUAGCAACCCAACGAUUGUUUGGGACCCGGUCGCUAAAAAGUGGAUGAACAAGGAUGAGGACGGUGACAGCGGUUCCGGGACAUUGGCCCCACCACCAAAAACAUCCGAUAUGAGUUUUCGUGCACCGUCGAUGGAACGUGGCCUCGAUAGUUCGCAGCCACCUCUACCGAGUGCACAUAAUGAAGAUACGCCAGCAAUGGAUAUUUCGAAAUUACCUACUGCUAGCAAUAUGUUCAAAUUGCCGAAGGGUAGGAAUAUGCGUGCCAACUACGUAGAUAUAAUGAAUCCCGCUGGAGCAUCCAAAGGUAGCACGGCGUCGUCUAACGUUGCCACUCCUAUGACGUCUCCACUCGUACCUAUGGCUACCUCGUCCCCGCAGAUGUUUAUUCCUGCACCAAUUAAUGAUCCAACCGCUCCAGUGGAUUUUUUGACACCGGCAGCAACACCGCCGUCUGGAAACGUUGCGGAGAAUACGCCACUCUCUCGCUGGAGCUCGACCAGCUCGUUAUCACGAGAGGUGCAAAGCUACACAAUGAGGGAUCCGCGGCUCCUUCAACGGAACAAGGGACCAAUGAUGUACAACCCGAGUGACAUGAAGGAUCGUUCGAUGAAGAACAUGCCACCUAGCAGAUAUCAUCCACGAUAAUUUUUGCUUAUCAGAAUAAUUUGUUAUUUAAAUUAGAAGUUUUCUUAUACCACUUGUAUUUAAUGUGAAUAUCUGUUCCUGUAUAGAAAACGUGACAACAAUAGUACAUUUUUUUUAGAAUGAUUGUGCACGAUGCACACAGUCUCUUUCGAAAGGAUGUAUAUACCUAUAUGCAUAUUCACGCGACGUAAGAAAAUAGGCAUCUCUUUAGAUGCUUUCAUGCACGACGUUCUUCAUAUAUUUGUGUUGUCUAGAUAAAUUUUUACAUUUGGAAUUCUGUUCGAGUUUGUUUUCUUGUUAUAUUUAUAUGUCGAAUUAAAUAGUAUGUUAAAAUAUAUUCAAAACAAGAUUCUCAUACAAUGUAGGAGACAAUUUAACGAUGUAAUGAUAAUAUAGAUAAUUGAAUUUGAGCACGUUUAAAGAUUCGAAAUUAGAAGUUUUCAUUGCACACCUUUCGAUUAAAAGAAUGUGUUCCUUUCCGACCAAUUGUCGCGGAAUGUUAUAUCAUAUGCAAUGUAACGAGUUUAUUUAGAAGUUACGCACCGAUUUCCGUUUUUAUAAAUGCGUAUUUCCAUUGGAUAAUAACCUAUGCAUUUGCUGAUCAUUAUCCAUUGUUAUGGAAAUGCGUAAGUGCGCAUUCCCGUUACUACUUACUUUCGUCUAGCUUAUAAGUAAAUCGCCGUCGGUACUGGAUUCAAUGUCACGCCUAGAUUGAAGUCUUGCGAGCAAGUUCGAAUUAUGUGAGUAAGAUGUAAAAUUGAUAUUUUUACGUGCAACCUAUAAUCAGAGAUCUAUCUAAGUUACAAUUGAAUAAUCCCUCGCUUGGAAAAGUGUCUUGUAAAUGUGUGGUGAUAGAGGGAGGAUUAUAACAUUAAUUAUAACUUAGAGUUCUAUCGCAGAAUUUGUUACAACACGGCCUCGGUAUGUGCUGUAAAUCUAAGUCUGAUUUUAUAUGUACGAGGAAAGAAAGGAGUAUCACGCGCAGUGCCGAUAAAUACGAAAUGUUAGGGAUGUGAAAAUUUUAUCGAAUGUAAAAGAAGAGAGAGGCAAAAUAGCGCGUUAAGUGUACAAUAAGAAUACUGUUGUUAGACAUCGGACUUAUAUAAUAUUAUAUAAUAUGAGAUAACAUUGAUACACCAAUAAUAUGCAACUGCCAUCAACGUGCGGAGAAUGCGAAAUGAAUUUGUAUCGCGUUAGAUUUGUAAGAUAUGUCCGUUGGUGUCUAUCUCUGCGAGGAAUUUGAUAGGUUUAGUUACGAAUAAGUGUUGAUCAAAGUGAACGCAAAGGAUCCUGGCAAAGAAUAGGCAAAAUGGUUUAGUGAUUGUUUCCGUAUGCGCUGGGAUACCUCUAUCGGAAAAUAAAUGUCCUAGGUGAUAUAUAUUUUUCGGUAAAGAGUAAAGAGUGAAUAUCUCCGUGAGUAAAGACUUUUUACUUGGCUCAAUCUGUCAUUGCCCUGUGCUUCGUUCUGAAUACUGUUGAUCAUUCAUGGCAAUUUUAGAAUGUUUUGUUGAAAAUAUUAUCGACUAUAGCAGCUCGUCUCGAUUUCUAUCGCUGAUAAACGUCCCGUAAUAUUAUCAAGGUUGAGAAAUUUUCGAGUUUUUCGGAAUAGUUUUUGGAUAAAUAUCCGUUUUGUCAUUGACCACAACUAGACGGGACUGGUUUUAGAAAUAGAUUUUUGUAAAUUGUGACACGUAAUACAUUUUAUAUCUAUGACAUACAAAUUAAGUAUAUCUUAUAGGUGCAUAUAUUAUAUUAUGAUAUUAUAAUAUAAUAUUAUAUAUAUAUAUAUAUAUAUAUAUAUAUAUAUAUAUAUAUAUAUAUAUAUAUCAUAUAUUUUACAAUGUAUACUUACAAUAUACAAUAUAUAAUUGUAAUAUUAUAAUAUAUGUAUACUACAACACAUGGUGAUGUUGCAGAGAAGUCGUGUAAUAUAUAUACAAUAUACAUAUAUACUCUAAGAUUUGUACAUACUUUAAAUGUAGCUUUCGUAAACUUGUCCGCAAUUCUUUAUAUAGAGAAUUCGCGCGUUUGUUUUUUAAAUAUCGAGACAGUGAAACGAAUCGCGCCACUGUACCCUCGCUGAAAUGCAAAAGUAACCAGCCGCUUUAUUUGUGGUGAAUGGCAGGUUAUUGCAAUUAACACCAUUAACCUCGUAGUUGAGCGAUAAUGAAUUUCUGUUGAAAAAUCUACAUAUAUAGUCGUUAGCAAAAUAUGUUAUAUAAUGUCUCUAAUUCUUGCACACGAUUGAGUUUAAGUCGAAAACUUGGGUGACGAUAUAAAAUGUGCAAUUAAACUACUGUCUCUUUUUCUCUUUUCUUAUCAUUUACUCGUCAUGCGAGAACAUUUCGUUUCGCAAGAUAUAAUUAGCAUAAAAUACGAAAUAUGAUCGACUCGCCCGAGAAUUCUGAAUAGUGAUAUUAUGUUACGGCAGGAUAGCGGGCGAGAAGAAAAGAAGGUUUUAAGGUUAGUGUUAAAGUUGAACAGAAGUAUUAAUCGAGCUGUAAUGUAAUGUAUGUAUAGGCCGGUAGGCCGGUUGGCCGGUUUUUGGAACGACGCGAUUUCGUCUUUGAUGUAACAUAUUGCUAUGUACGUUCACACACUUUCGAAUUCCGAGUUGAUGUACGUUUCUGGGGGGGGGGGGAUUGCGGAUUACAUUGAUAAUAAUAACAAUAAUGAUAAUUACACUGUAUAUUAUUAAUAUUACAAUAAAGAAUAAUACAAAUUGAGAAA